AUGACAAUAUUUACUAUACGUUGGAAUAAAAAAAUAGGAAAAAACUGUAAAGGUAGAAUCAUAGUAAGACAUAAAAAAUCUGGAUACAGUAAUCAUUAUAUACCUGUAGACAGAAACUAUUUCAAUAAAGUGUGCUCUAAUAAUUUUUAUUUUAUUCUUAAAAAUAUAAAAAUUAAUAAUGUUUUUAGAAAUUCUAAAUUAAUAUUAAGUGUAUGUAUAAAAGGGCCUAUACAAGGAGAAUCUAGGUAUAUACUUAAACCUUAUAAAAAAACAUACGGAGAUUUUAUCAAGUACUAUAACAGAAGUAUUAAAACUGAAGGAGAUGUAGACCUGUUGGAUAAUUUUUCUGUUGGCAACAAAAUUUAUAAUAUAUACAUAAAUACAAUGCAAUCUUAUAAAUUGUGCACUUCUGCUUUAUCGUACGCUAUAAUUAUAUCUAAAUACGAGAAUUUUAUUAUAUUAAAGCUACCUUCAGGAAAAACUAUUAGAAUAAGUAACAGUGAUUUGGCUUCGUAUGCUUUUUCAGACAAGAUAGAAGAGCCAAAAUACAAAACAGCUGGAUAUAAAAUUAAAUUAGGUCGUAGGCCUAAAGUGAGAGGAACAGCUAUGAAUGCCUGUGACCACCCACACGGAGGUGGAGAAGGGAAAGCUCCUAUAGGUAGGAAAACUAUAUACUCUUUUACAGGUAGAAAGUGUAAAGGAGUUAAAACUGUAAAAAUUACAAAAUGA